UAAAAACAAGAUUUAUCAAUGUGACCUCGUGAUUUUUCAGUUUUAGUUUGAAAUUGAAACGAGAUAAGAGACUAAUUAAUUUUUCUUUCAGAACAUAUUCUUUUUCUGACUAAAACUGUUUGUUUUAUUCGACGUACGAGUAUUGGGAGUAAAUAAGAAUUAAAAAUAUGGAGACAUUUGGCAGAUUUUGGAGAGCGAAUGUUUGCACUUCGUUUAAAGCCUAACCUCAUCAUACGUCGUCAAUAAUUCGGUGAUAAAGCUAGGUACUUCAGUAUGAGAGUGCCUAGAGCCUGCAACCCGAGGAUUCAAGAGAGGAUUUUAAAACGGUUUGGUGUAUACAAUGUAGUUUUACCAGAAGCAACUACACCAAGUAGAGUUGUGCCAGAGCAUAUUGCUAGGCCAGACUAUAUUUCAUUGACAGAAAAAUUAGUGGUACCAAAAGUACCAGAAAUAAAAAACGUUGAACAGAUUCAAGGUAUGCAAAGAAGCUGCAAACUUGCUGCAAGUAUACUUCAGAAAAUAGAAGAAUUUAUUCAGCCAGGUGUAACAACAGAUGAUGUUGAUGAGCUGGCCCAUAAUUUGUGUGUAGAAGCAGAGGCUUAUCCAUCACCAUUACUUUACAAGAACUUUCCAAAGAGUAUUUGUACAUCAGUCAACAAUGUAGUUGUCCAUGGUAUACCUGACUUGAGGCCAUUAGACAAUGGAGAUAUUGUUAAUGUAGAUAUUACGGUAUUCUAUAAAGGCUUCCAUGGAGACUGUUCCAAAACAAUUUUAGUUGGUGAUGUGGAUGACAGAGGGUUACAGCUGGUUUCUAUUACUGAAGAAUGCUUGGAUAUUGGUAUAAAAUGCUGUGGACCAGGUGUUCCUUUCAAAGAAAUUGGCUCAAGUAUUUAUAGACAUGCAAAGAGACAUGGCCUGACUGUAAUUCCUUCUGUAUUGGGACAUGGCAUUGGGGAGUAUUUCCAUGGACCUCCUGAGAUAUAUCAUAGUAUCAACAGAUACCCUGGAGUAAUGAACCCAGGCAUGACAUUCACCAUAGAGCCAGCUUUAACCCAUGGGAGUAAGCAUGCAGUGCUGCUUGACGAUGGCUGGACUUUAAUCACAGAAGAUGGCUCCAGAUGCGCCCAAGCAGAACACACAGUUUUAGUCACAGAGGAUGGAGCAGAAAUAGUUACCAAAUAAUACUCUCUUUCAAAGUGAUAGCUUAGCUUAGUAUUUUUAGUAUUAAAACUACAAAUAAUCAACUGUGAUACCAAUUUGUUGUUUAAUAUAAUUCAUUGUGUUUGUUUGGUGUUAUAUGUUAUAAAAUAUUAUUUAAAUUUUGCUUUUGUUGUGUCCAUAACAUUGUGGUGUUGUUG